AACGCGAUUUCCGACAGGGGCGCCAAAGCUGGAAGCGGCACAGGCGCCAAGGCAACCAAUCAUCGAGUCAGAAGCAGCUGAAGCGGCAGCGACAGUGACCGCACAUGAGCCUGGAGCAGUCGUCGAGAUAAUGGAGAAAAAAGUUGUCACACCAGAUACUGCCAUCCAGCAAGCUCUGUCAAAUGAUAUUGUGGAACACAAACCGUGGUCUGAAGAAGUAGAAAUACUGGAAGAACCCGUGCCAUCUAAAUCUGCCGUCGAGUCUACUGAGAGUGCGCAGGACAUGAAGGCAAAGUAUAUAGGAUACUCUUACACCGAUCCAGAAGAGGUAUCUCGUCGUCCUUUAAAUCCGUUUUACGGAUACCUUGGCAGAUAUCCUCCUCCAAAUGCUGUCAUGAAGGAGCCUCUCGAGAAAGUUCAGAAAAAUGAACAGUCGCAUCCAACUGCAGCAGCAGCACACGCAAUGGUUGAUAAUGCAUGUAAACUUAGGACAUCCCAGUAGAGGAAGCUCGGAUGCUUUAGCCGAAGCGGCAAAAGAAUCCAAAGCAGAGGUUGCCACUGGAAAGACGCAAACGGAGCUAGCCGUUCCGAGGGAUCUGCUUAAGAUACCGGAGAAGGCUCUUCAAAAGUCGUCAGAGAACGCAGUAUUGCCACAAUACACAGAAAAGGCAUCAUUAGACGUAACAAAAGCAGCAAGGACUCACGAAGUAGCGGAAAUCACCAGCAAGUCGGGCGAAAAGCUGGAAGGCACGGUACUUUCCACGAUACCCUCACCACUUUCAGAAACAAGACUUGGGCCCAAAGUUUCGUCAGAAACGCUUCCAAUGCCAGCAAUGUCACAGCUGCCCGUAGAACGCCAAGUCGGCGACAAGGCACUAAAAGAUGAAGAGAUAGCAUCCACUUUAGAAGCAACUCAAGUGAAAACUGAAGCUCCAUCUUCUACGGCAGCAGUUCCAUCAUCAAAAGCAGAAAAAAUGCAAGUGUCGCCUUCAAUAAAGACAUUUCAAGAAACUUCAACAGCGCCCUCGCCAAUUUCAGAAACGAGGCUUCUGACUAAGGUUUCAGGAGGUUUUGUAAUGCCACAGCUGUCUGAGCUAUACACACAACGCCAGGUGAGCGAAAAGCUACCGGAACGCAAACUUGAAGAUCACUUACGCAUUCUCGAAAGAACAAAAGUUGAAACCAAAGCGCCAUCAGAAGUUCCCGUAGCUACCAAGCCGUUAGAAAAUAUGAAACAGGUGACUCAAACAAAAGCAUUCGAGGAGCCUUCAACAGCAGCCUCACCGGUUUUGGAAACAAGAGUUGUCCCAAAGGGAUCACAAGAAACAUUCGUAAUGCCAGAGCUGCCACAGCUAGCUAUUGAAAAUCAAUACACCGGAAAGCCACCGAAAGGUGAAGGCACGGUUGAUCAGGCUGCACCCUAUCCUGAAACAGCAAAAUGUCAAGUGGAAGAGCCGUCAGAAAAAGCAGCAUCUCCCAAAGUAGUAGAAAAGCCGUAUGGGGCUACUGCAACAAAGCCCGUCCAAGAACCAGAAGACCACAGUUUACCUUCUAUAGAAACGAGUUUGCCUGAAGCGGCUGUGAGUGCGGCACCAACAGCGUAUUUGGCUCGAGCGUUGUCAACAAAAGUAGUGGAAGUGCCUGAAAUUCAUGCGUUAGUUCCAAUAGAAGUAACGUCACCAAGGGAAAGAGAGCCUGAACCUGUUUGUUCUACAUUAGAGUCGUCGCUCAAAGAACCCUUAAAGACUCCUGAAGAAUCAGGUCCAAAAAAAUACGAACCCGCUGAUGAAGUACACAUUCUGCCAGAACAAAAGUUGGAAGAGACUGCACCAAUGGAGGCAUUCAAAAGACCGGAAGCUCAUGCUCUAAUUCCUACAGAAGUAAAGCCUCCAGAAGAAAAAGAAACUGAGGCUGUUUCUCCCUCACUAGAACCUGUGCCUAAAGAGCCAUUAAUUGAACCAGAAGAAGGUGCGUUGACGAAACAGAAAGUACCUGAAGAAGUAACUAACGUACUAGAGAAAAAGCGUGUUGAGGCUGUACCGUCACUGAAAGAGUCAGAAGGACACGCUUUAAUUCCUACGCAAGCAAAGCCUCCACAAGAGAAAGAAACAGAGGCUGUUUCUCCUUUACUGGAACCUGUGCCUAAAGAACCAAUAAUGGAACCGGAAGAAUCAGCAUUGAAGAAAGAGAAAGUACCUGAGGAAAUAACUGACGUAAAAGAGAAAAAGGAUGUCGAGGAUGCGCCGUCAAAGGCAUUGCAAGAGUCGGAAGUACACGCUUUAAUUCCUACGGUGACAAAGCCUCCAGAAGAGAAAGAAACUCAGGCUGUUUUUCCUUUACUAGAACCUCUGCCUAAAGAACCAUUAAUGGAAGUCCCCGCACAAAUUCCUACCGGUACAAAGCCUGCGGAAGAGAAAAAAACUGAGGAUGUGUCUAUUUUACUGCAACCUGCACCUCAAGAGCCAUCAAUGGAGCCGGAAGUACCAGUGUUGAAGGAAGAUAAGCUACCAGAAGAAAUAACUGCCAUACACAAAGAACCACUGACAGAGACAGCAGUAACAAAGACAAUAGAAGAGCCAGAAGCUCUGGCACCUGCAGUAACAAAACAUGAAACGGAGAAGAAGGCGGAGGUUAUUGUACCGGUUCCUGAAGUGGAGCUCAAAGAAGCAACCGUGGAGGCCAAGAGGCUAAGUGCAGAAAAAAAAGCCGAUGUCAAGGAACUACAAUCAGCGCCCGCAGUACUUCCAGAAGUGCCCGAGAUCGAUGCUAUGGCUGUGUCAUCUGAUACAGCUGCGAGCGAAACGAGGGCUCGUGCGUCGCCACCAGCGCAUGAGCCCCGUGCUGCUGUGGCUCGGGAAGGCGUGUUAGCAGAGGGUGGCAUAGAGGAAGGAGUAGCGGCUAAGACAGAAGAAAAGGCCCUUUCAAAAGAACCUUCUCAAGAAAUGCUUCAGUUAAAUGUUGCAAUAGAAAUAAGUCCAGCUUCAUUGCCGGAAUCUGAAAAGAAAGACGAGAAUGAAACAACUACAACUGCAGCAGGCGAGAUUGAAGAGCACGCAACAAAGGAGGGUGAAGGGACGGAGACAACGCAAGGAAAACCCGAAGCUCCAGAAACACCUGAAAUUGUUCUCGAUGAAGAGAAACGUGUUCGCGAGAUAUUGGAGUUUGAAAUGAACCUCUGCCGAGCGCGCAACCUCGGUAGCGCACUACCCAAAGCUGAAGAGCUCUUGCAUGUCGGUACUCCAGCUAGUGAGCCUGCAGAUUCUGCGGAGCUGGCGCUACUUGGGGAGAAGCUUGCCCAGCCACCAGGAGCGACGGUGGCUCCCACUGAAUCACCGAAAGCUGACACACUGGCACCGUCUACACUAGAAGGCGGCCAAGCAGACACAGAGCCGGGUGAGCCGAUUCUCAACGCUUCUGAUUUCAACAAGGGGCCUAUGUCUGAUUGGGAAACAGAGCUUCAACAACUCAGGGACUCCAGACUUCGUGAUGCACCUUACAAGGCAGGCGAGCAAGAAAAAGCGGCUCCGGUUGACGCGGCUGUGGGUGCUCGAAAGUUUCUUGUGCAGGAAGGCGAGGGGAAGAAAGGUGCCGAGGAAAAGCAAGUUACCAUUCCACCCGAGGCUGAGCCUGCCAGCCCAGGGCCUUCCGCACCAUCCCACACCGACGCAGAUCGGCGUCAGUCGGUCGUCAUCGUCUACGAGAGUGAUGCACUCGCAAUGACUACGCCUGACUUUGAAAUUCGGUUGAAGAACGAGCGAGAAAUCAGUAUCAAACGACCUGAGCCGUCUGGUCUGCAGCCACUUGAGGGACCACCAAGAUCAUUCCUCCGACCGGACACUGAAGGAGGCCACCCCAGGUCCCCGGUUAUCCAUCACGUGAGCUUCACCAGAGAAGAAGGCACUCUUCUUCCGCCUGAAAAACCGGGACCUGUGGAAGAAAAAGAAGUCAAGCUUUCUGUUCUGCCCGUUGGAGUGGAAAUCGCACAGCGCGCAAUAACAGAGGACCAGUCAUCACAACCAAAGCCUCCCACUUCAAAGAGUGAAGAGGAACCGGCCUGGGAAAAGAGUCAUAUCGACGAGCGCAAGCCAAGCGGCCAGUUCGGGGAAACAGGAAAGACACCGACCCUUCACGAGGAAACGCUGGAUACCGAACACGUUGCGCAGUCUGCUCGAUCCUUCGCUUCGACAGCAGGCGCCGAUGAUAAACGGAAAUUUCUCGGUACAAAGCGUGCUGACGAAGCGCCUCCCAAGGUCGACGGGUUACCUAUCAGUGUUGCUGAGAGUGAAGUGAUGCCAGAGCAUCGUGGGGUCGAAAGUACACAAGAGAGUUCUGCACCAAAACCUGAAACCGACGUUUCUUCACGUGUAUUUCUUCCGACCCACAAGCCAUCUACACAAGGCGGAGCUGAACCAGACGGCAGGGUGCAAGCUACAAAAGAGGCGGCUGAUGCACCCGACAAGGAUGGAGAGGGAGCCCCCCGUACUUUUCUGUCAACCAAAGAGGUGAGCCCAUCGCAACCAAGCGGACUAAAGACACAAGCCGUGCCAGUCACUGAGGACACAAUUUCGCCGGAGAAGCACCGCGAAGAGAAGGCAGAAAGACCCGAAGAGCAAGGCACGAUGCUAGUGCCAAUAGAUGAGCGCCAGAACACUACGAGCAAAGUAUUGGUAAAAGACGAGCCUGCAACAGAAGCUGAACAUGCGGCACAAGCUUUGAAGCCUCCUCAACCGUCUGCAAUAGCAGAGCUGGCUGGCAAGCAGGUAGCCGAAAAGACGUUUCAGAAAGAAGGCAUUCCACAGGAAGGUAUGAUAGUAGAGCGGCAGCCAGAGAACAAGAUUGAACCUAAACGAUCUGUCAGUGAAGCUCACGUGCCUUUAAGUGUACAAAAACAGCUAGAAGAGAAAGGUGAAACACCGAAAAAAGAUGACAAAAUGAUAAUCGUGCCUAGAGAAGAGCUCGCCACUUAUGCACACGCGGAGACGUCGCCACGCGAAGUCGAGCCGGCUGUAAUCAAGCAUGAGGUCAAAGCCACGGCUGCAAAAAUUGAAAGAAAGGCACCCAGCGACCUUAUCGUUGAGCGUACCGAGAUCGGACGAAUGAAGGAGCCUGCGAAGGAGCGCCACGCGUCCGUCAGCAGGGUGCCUGUCGAGGAGCAGGUGGUCGUUCCAGUGCUGAAGAGACCCUCGGAUGAAGAGAAGCGUGACACUUCGGCCAUGGUAGUCAUCGAGCGGGACAUAGUGGCAGGCGUGGAAGAGCCAAAAAGAAGCACACCUAUGUCCAAGGACGACUUGCACCCUGCCGUCAGCUCUGACUGGGACGUCAUGUCCAGGGAGUCGCUGCAAGGGAGGCCCGGAACCAGGACUGCCGACACGCAGACUGAGAUGUCCACUGAUUUCAGGAGCAAGGAUGUACGCGAGGCCUCGACGUACGCUUUCCUUUCUGAGGAAACCGAAGAGGUCCGCAGGGCGCCUGACGACUACCUGCCACUCUACCUGCACCGAGUGACGCUCAACGACAAGCCUUCGAUAGCGGAAAUGAUGCGCAAGCUGACACCGGCGAGUGAAGAGUGGGAGGAAGCGGUGCCCAUGAACUGGAAGAUCAACCCGGCAAAGGAUCUCGAGAAGUGGCCGUCACACUGCAUGCAAGACGUGCGCGCUCCCACCGUCGUCCUCCUCGGCGGCAUCAACUUAUCCGCGCUCGGCGAAGUACUCACAGAUGAGGCGGCUCGAGGUUUCACUAAUUACCUAGCUGCCGAUGGCAACAUCGUGGAGGACCCGACACCCAUUGAUCUGAGUUACGAAGCGGUCCUGCAAUGUUACAGGGAGUUGCGGAGACUCUAG